UGUAUCUAAUCGGGACCCACUCUUCUAACUCUUUUUUCCCCUUUCUUCUCCUAUCCUCUCACAACUCACAAGUCAUCUCCUUCAAUUCCCACCUGAGAAACUAGCUCCCCCACGAAAGAGCUUCGGUCUUUUUGUAUCUGGGUCUGUCCUUAGUUUCUAGGCCUUGUUCUGAUUACUGUUGAGGUUUGGUGAUGAAGAGAGGGAAAGAAGAAGAGAAGAGAUUGGAACCGAUGUUCCCAAGGCUACAUGUGAAGGAUGCAGAGAAAGGAGGGCCAAGAGCUCCUCCAAGAAACAAGAUGGCUCUCUAUGAGCAACUUAGCAUCCCUUCUCAGAGGUUUACUAGUAGUGAUCGUGCUGGGUCUUUGCCCCGUAACACCUCCCCUUUGCUUCCUCCUGGACCAUCAUCUAACCAGGGAACUGAUAACUUUGUCUCCCAUAUGCCCUUCAUGGAAAAUGUGCGGGCUUCUUCAGCACAUCAUGAUCAUCAGAGGAAAAUAGCUAGAGAGGAAGAUGAUUUCGCUGUUCCAGUAUUUAUUAACUCUAGAUGUUCUGGCAGAGGCAAGAGUGGCUCAAAGCGAGGUGUUGGCUUGGCAGUUAACUCAGCUACAGAGGAAAUGGAUCUUGCAUCGACUAGUGACCGAGUAGAUGAUGGACGCAUUAAUAAUGGAGUUGAGUCUCACAUGGCGGCAUCGGAAGAAGAAGGUCAUGGUCAUGGUCAUGGUAAUGCUAACGAUGAGUACUGUACAAGUGGAGGAGGAUACACCUCUCUGCAACAAGAGAUAAAUAAUGAAGAGGAGGCGAGUGAUGAUAAUUCUAUGGUGGAUUCUGUUUCCAGCUUAGAUGUCUAUCCCGAUGACGUUGUGGGAGUGUUGGGUCAAAAACGUUUCUGGAGAGCAAGGAAAGCUAUUGCCAAUCAACAAAGAGUAUUUGCUGUUCAACUGUUUGAGCUGCACAGGCUGAUUAAGGUCCAAAGACUAAUAGCUGCAUCGCCGGAUGUUUUGGUCGAUGACAUGAGCUAUGUUGGAAAAGUUACUGCUAAAAGCUAUCCAGUGAAGCAGCUCCACCUUCCAUCAGGUUUUAUAGUAAAGCCUCCUCUACCACAGGUUAUCAAACACAGAAACAGCAGCGACUCGGACAAGACUGACCAACAUAAAAUGGAAUGCUCAGCUGAGAACGUAGUUGGGAAGCUGCCAAACCAAGGUCAAGGUCAAGGUCAAGUUCAUCAUCAUCAUCAACCUUCCAACUACAUGAUGCCUUUUGCGACCAACCAACCCUCUCCAAAUGGAUGUUACUAUCCUCCUCAGCCUCCUCCUUCGGGAGGAAACCAGCAAUGGUUGAUCCCUGUAAUGUCUCCUUCCGAAGGGCUGAUAUACAAGCCGCACCCAGGUCCAGAUCCGGGGCACACGGGGCCGGUCUGUGGAGGGUAUUAUGGUCAUUUCAUGCCUGCACCAAUGUUCAUGGGUGGUGGUGGUGGUCAGCCUCCUCCGUUUCACCCGGGCAUGGGAUUCCCAUCUCAUGGUAAUGGCUACUUUCCUCCAUAUGGUGGUAUCAUGAUGAACCCUUACUAUUCCGGACAACAAGAACAACAACAACCCAAUGAGCAAAUGAACAACAACAUCCAACAACAGAGCUCAGUGAAUGAAGCGACUUCACAACAACAACAGCCAACGAAAUCUUAUCCUCGGGCUAAAAAGAGCAGGCAAGAGGGAAUCUCUGGUAAGAAGAAGUCCUUUCAACCAUUCUUAGCGGUUGAUGAUGUUCAUGAUGACAAGAUCAACAAUGCUGCACAACCUACUGAGGAAAUGAUGACGACAACCACAACCACAACAACAACUGUGACUCAGACAACGAGAGAUGGAGCAGGAGUGACGAGAGUGAUCAAGGUGGUUCCGCACAAUGCCAAUCUGGCGAGUGAGAACGCUGCAAGAAUUUUCCGGUCAAUACAAGAAGAGCGUAAACACUACUACCCUUGAGCCUUUCUCUCCUUUCUUCUUCGUUGUGUUGUUAUGCAUUGGAGUAGUGUGAUAGAUGUUAUUCUCCAAAAUUUGUAUAAUAUAUAAACGUAUGAAAGCUUGGUAUGUCAUCACUCAAUUCAUAUCCUAAUAUUAAAAGUCUUGUAAACAUUUUGGAACACA